CACAACAUUGUAUGCAUGUUGCAAAGUGGAGUCUUAUCAGAGAUGUCAAAUUAGAUAUUACAUGUCUAUUAUAAAACUCGGCGAAUACAGUAGAAUCGGCUACAUUACCCAUAAGCUGAAAGUCAUGUGACUGCAGCGCUGCGCAGACCGAUCAGUGCAUGACAUUAAAGUACUCUCGCGGUACUUUGAUGUUGUACACUGAUCGGAGGCGGCAGCUGCAUCUUUAUUUCUGUUCCUCACCGAAAAACCUCACACCUGUGCUCUUCGGUACAGUACAGCAUCAGCGAAGAACAUACACAUGAGGUGACAUUGAUCACAAAACACAACAUCCUCUCUGUAACUGGAUGGACUCUGUGGAUGUGCGUUAGUCCCAGGAGUGUGUGUGUGUGUGUGUGCACCUUUCGCCCCUCAAUGGUGGCGUCUGACAGCACAAGUGUGUUUGCCUCUACCUUUGCCCUAUGGUGUUCUUGUAAGUUUAUCUGAGAGUGUGUGAGAAAAGCAAGUGUCAUGUCGAGGGCGGACAAGGCGAUUAACAGUGAAGCGGGUGACUGGGGAUACAGUGAGGAUGCUGGAGAAAGGGUAUGGCUCUUGCAGAGCCCCAAUGUGGACUCCAUCCAACCACCUAAUCAAUCAGACGACAGAAGGGGAGGGGCUUCAUCAUUCGGGGCUGUUUUUAUUGUGGUGAAUGCUGCUCUGGGAGCCGGACUUCUUAAUUUUCCUGCUGCUUUCAACAUGGCUGGAGGCAUCACAGCAGGAGUGACCCUUCAGAUGUGUAUGAUGGUCUUUAUCAUCACUGGGCUGGUGAUCUUGGCUUAUUGUUCUCAGGUGAGCAAUGAAACAACAUAUCAGGAGGUGAUUCGUGCAGUGUGUGGGAAGGUUCUUGGUGUCGUAUGUGAGCUGGCCAUUGCUGUAUACACCUUUCGCCCCUCAAUGGUGGCGUCUGACUGA